CUGCGCUCACUAUAUUCCGAUCGGUCGUAGCAGCAGGCAGCAGGUUCGCAAGUUCGCAAUUUCGCUGUUGGCGAGUUUCGAGCAGAAGCAGCAGAAGUCUGUCGCCGCCUGGCUCGGUUUUUCGGCUUUGAAAAAAGGGCGCGCGAGCGGAUACGCUAUAUGGUACAUGUAUUUAAUCGCGAUAUAACGGAUCUUUUGCGAACUAGUUUUUAGAAGGCGACCAAGCCGACGUCGAUUUUAUUGCGAAAUAUUGCGCAACUAACCGUGUGUGAAUCGUAUGUUUAUAACUGUUUUUGUGUGAGAGUCGCGCCGAGUGAAAUUCAAUAUCAGAAACCACGAUCAACGGCUCUAAAAGCCGUUUUAAAAAUAAAACAUCAAAUAACUAUCAUAAAACCCACCUCCCCGAAAAAAAAAACCAGAUAAAAAUGGCGUCCUGCGUCAGCUGCGCCAGAAGUCAACAAAACCAACAAAAACACAAGCAGCCGCAGCGACGCAACUGCGGUGCCGGCGCCGGCGCUGGCAGCCAUCAUAUUCUGCAGAUUUACAGCGCGUGGGCGUGGAUCACGCUCCUGGUGGCCAGCGCCGCCAUCGUCCAGAGUGCAGCGGUCUCCUUUGGAGGUCUGCUGCCACAUCCGACUUUCAAGCCACUGUGCAGUGCCCAGCACGAGCAGUUCAUCGAGAGCGAUGGAAAAGAAUCUAGUCUCAUCAUCGAGCUGAAGCCGGGCUCCUAUGGCAUGGAGCACGCCUCCUGCUCCCGCAUCCUAAGCGCUCCUCAGAACUACGGGUUCAUAGUGCGUCUGAUUUUGCCCAAGUUGCGGCUCAAUCAGCCGUCGGAAGCUGCCACCACCAGUCCGCCCACCAAUAUAAUGGCCGCCUCCAAUACGAACUCCUCGAAACUCCGUCGGACAGCCAAGUCGGGCGGAGUUACAGAGGCCACUGCACCUUUGGAGCGUCUGAACUCAACAUCCCAAGGAUCCAGGGUGCUGGGACGGACCUGCCCGUUGAAUAUUUUUAGCUCUUUGGACCCACAUACUGCACAGUGGAAGGUUGAUCCCUGCCAGCUGGAGGAUACCGCCUCGGAGAUGGAGGAUCCAGUGCGUCUCUUUCACGGCCGCGUCAGGAUCGUCUGGGAGCAUGGCCUCCACUCUCUGCGCUCCAAGCUGAUGGUCACUGUGCUGGGAAAGGGCGAGCAGUGCAAGGAUGGCACCAAGCACCAGUGCCUAAGGAUCGGGGAUGAGCCCCUCCUGUGCAUCUCCAAGGAGCUGGCCUGUGACGGCAUCAGGCACUGUCCGUACAGCAACGAGUACGACAGCGAUGAGGACUACGAGCUGUGCUCGAAACAGCAUCGCCCUGGAGUUGGCAACCUGCCAGCCGGGCUGGAGUCGGAUCUGUUCGAGCAGUUCGCCCUUGAAGUAUUUCGCAAUCUGUUCGCCAACGAUGCGCCCUCGGGCCCGGAGGAACAGCCCGCGCGUAAUGGCAGUAAUGGAGCUGUUGAUAACUCCACGGCGGUUACAUCGACGACAACCCUGCGCAAAGUGCACACCAAAGAUAUGAAGAAGCCCGGCGGCGACGGGUCGCCCAAUUCCAUUGGCCCCAGCUUUACGACGGCGGCGGACGGGGAGUCCUCCCAAAAGCCAGAUAAUGAGACUGUUGAUGUGGGCGGAACCGGAGCCGGAAGCGGCUUCACACGUCGCAAUUCGACCCGUUCCGGCGUGCACUCGGACCUGUCCAAGUACGGGCCCUGGGGCUACCUGAUGCUGGGAAUGCUCCUGUGCGGCGGAGCCCUGCUCAUCUGCGGCCUCUGGGCCUCCGCGUCGCAGCAUGCGGUGAACAACGAGCGGGAGGCGGCGCUGGCCGCUGCCAAUGGAGCCGGAGGUGGAGGCCUGGACCAGCUGGGCGCCACCUCGCCGCCCAACUACGAGGAGCUGGACCCGCCGCCGGCCUACUCGGUGCUCUUCCCCAACCAGAAGGCGGCCAGCAGCAACACGUUGAACUUGGAUGCCGCGGCGGCCAGCACGACAACAGCUGCCGCAGCAGCCGCCGCAGCCACUGCAGCAGCCGCAGCCUUGGCCGGAGCUACUGCCCUGCCACAAGGAGCUGGUCCUGUGGAGCAGCCACACCCACACCCGCAACAAAGCCCACACCCGCAGGAACAGCCAACGAACUAGCUUGUAAGCCUGACAAGAAGGUGUCGCACCUGAAAAAAAUAUCUUUAAGACCAAAAAAAAAAAAAGAAAAGCAAAAAAAAAACAUCUCUUUGACUGACUCUGAUGCAAUUAGCUUAAAACCAAUUUAGUGAUAGCCCUAAGAUGUGACUCUCUAUAUGUAUGUGUUAAAUGUUUGACUACGCUAACCUAACGAUCCUGUGCAACCGUCCUGUUCCGAGGGAAUCGAGAGAAUACCUGUAUGAUUAAAUGAAAAAUGUAAUAAUGAUUGUAAAAACUGCAGCUGCAGCAGCAUUAACUGACGAAUCGACUAACCUUUGUAUUUCUGUUAAUUUUAAAUUUAAUGUGAUAUAAAUUUAAUGCUGAAAAACUGAAUAAAAAAAGCAAAUGUUUAAGUACUCA